AUGAAGGUCCUCUCCGUUAUUGCCCUGUUCUGUGCCGCCGUCGCGGCCCAGUCCACCCACACGCCGGUUGUCAACGGCACCGCGCCCCUCGUCCCACGUGGUUCCUCUCGGGCCAUCUGGAGCAAACACAACGAAACCCGCCCCAAGAAGAACCGCACUGACAGUGCUGUCCCCAAGAUCUUCCUCGGGAAGAACAACCGCACCACCCUCGUCGACAGGGGCAUGCCGCCCGAGUGGAUGAACAACACCAAGACCAAGCCGCCAAAGGACAACGCCGCCAAGCCGACUAUCAUUGCCCAGUUCUAA